AUCUUAAACACCAACUCAGUCGGUUCGGUAUCAAUUUUUAUUGCCAUUAAAUGUUCUGCAUGCACAAUUCAUAUUAAAAUGAUUUUAAUAUUGACAUUGGUCGUAGUAUGUUUGGCAAGUGGUAUCGUAAAUUCUAUACCACAAUGUUCAGUGAAUAUAGUGAAUAAAGAAGAAUUUAUAUGUAGGAAUGUGCAGUAUAUGAAAGAUUUACGGGGAAUGGGACAAAGUGAUUGGAAACACCUGAAAAUUAUAAAUGAUAACGAAACGCAAUUCGAAUGGGAUGUUAUUCCUGAUGAAUUUAUAAAUCUGGAACAUUUGGAUAUUUCUCAAGCUGGUGCUUUAAAUUUACCACAAACCGGAUUUGAUAAGUUGUUAAAUUUAAAAGCCUUAAAUAUAUCACAUUGUCAAUUGGAAUCUUUAGAGGAUACACAGUUUCCUGAUAACAAUAGAUUAGAAAAUCUUGAUAUUAGUUGGAAUUUUUUGGAAACAAUAAAUAAGCAAUUGCAAAAGAAAUUGCAGAAAUUAGAAAUUGCCAACUUUUCUCACAAUCAAAUUCAGUUAAUGGAAACUGAUGACCUAAAUACAAAAUUAAGAAUUCUUCAUUUGGACUUCAAUGAGCUAAAGAGUAUUAUUCUAAAUAACUAUGAGAAAUUGGAAAUAUUAACAAUUAGUGACAAUUUAAUUGAAAGGUUGACUUCAAACUCCUUCAAACAGCUAAAAUCCAUGGACGAACUAAUCAUAACCUCCAAUUCCAUCAAACACAUUGAUGAUCGUACAUUUGAAAGUAUGACGGAAUUGAAAAAUUUAAAUCUCUCUGCCAAUAGUUUGGAAAAAUUAUCACCUGAAAUAUUUACUGGUCUCAAUCGCUUAAUACAAUUAGAUUUGAAUUCAAAUGAUCUUCAAGAAUUGCAGCCUUUACAGUUUCAACAUUUGGUCAAGUUACAAUAUUUAGAUCUAAGUCGCAAUGCCUUAAAAUCCCUGGACUCAAAUAACUUUAAUAACCUGGUAAAUUUGCGCAAAUUGUAUCUUUAUGAAAAUGAUAUGGAAGAAAUUAAAGCCAAUACUUUUGCUAAUUUAGUAGCAUUAGAUACUUUGGAUUUAUCAUAUAAUUCAAUAGAACAUAUAGAUUCAGCAGCCUUUGGUUCCCAUACGUUACCUCGUCUACGUAAACUUCUACUCAAAUCUAAUAGCUUGAAAACUUUACAACCAUUAACAUUUGCCUCUUUACCCUUUCUGCAAUAUCUUUCAUUGGGUCUCAAUCAGUUGUCUACUUUAGAUGUGCGCAUGUUUGCUCCCAUGAGACGUUUGGAAAAACUACAUUUGGGUAAUAAUCUUUUAGAGACUAUACCUUCUGAUGUUUUGGAAUCUCUAACGGAUGUUACUGAAUUACUGUUGGAUAAAAAUCGCUUAUCAUUUCUAUCCGAUUCAAAAGCAACAUUUUCAAAACUAGAAAAAGUUUCUUUAGAGGGAAAUCCCUGGCAAUGUCCAUGUUGGGAAGAAAUGACUCAGUGGCUAGAUGCUCGCCACGUAUCAUACAUUCGAUCACAUAGUCCAUAUUUUAAAGGCCAAAAACCCUUAUGUGUGGUAACUCCAGUUGAUUUUUGUGUAAAGGAUUUGCGUUUAGUAAAAGAACAUAAAAUUGAAGAAAUAUAUAAUAGUGGUUAAAAAAAUAUGAAUUAAGAUUUUGAAAAUUGUUUGUAGUUUUAAGAUUUUUAUAUAAAAUAAAUGGAGAAUUAUUUUAUAUCUU